UAAAUUGUAAAAAUAUAGGGAUUUACAAUCGAUUUAUUUGGUAAAACUGAUAAAAAAAAAAUUGAAAAAGAAAGAAAAGUGUGGUACUCUGUUUCUGUUUCUGCAUUAGUACCUCUGCAUCUGCAUUACAGACUGGUCAAAGACUUGCAGGGAAAAAAAAAGCACAGAGAGAGAGGGAGAGAGGGAGAGAGAGAGAGAGAAGAGAGAGAGGGUGGCAAUGAAGAGAGGGUCUGAGCGUAUGCUGGAAGAAGACUGGGAUGCGGCUAGCUUCUACAAGGUCAUUCAUGGAAGUGAGCUUUCUUCAGAAAAAAUGCGGAGGAUCCCGGAAGAGUUUCUGAGAAGUCUAUCGAACAAUGACUUUGCGUAUCGGGUGGUGCUGAAGGUGGCAUGGGGAAAUUCCUGGACCAUUCCACUCACAAAGAACAAAGGCAAUUUCUUCAUGAAGAAAUGUGGAUGGGAAGAGUUUCUUAGGGACAAUGGAAUGGGAAACGACGAAUUCGUCGUCUUCACUCACCAAGAAAGGAUGCAUCUGAACGUGAAGAUCUUCUCCAAAAAUGGGAUGAAGAUCCUCAAGCCUCAAGAGCCAGUGACCCCUAGUCAGAGCACACCGAGGGGUCCGAAGAGGAAACGUGUCUCGAAAGAUGUCAAAAAGGAGGAGCCCGAGUCUGAGAUCAGUGAUGUGAUCAAGCGACGUGGAGGAAGAAAACCCAAGCAAGCUGAAAUGCAGGAGAACAAGAUAAUGCAGAGGAGGCGCAUUGUUCGUAGGGCUACUGAAUCAUCACCUUCAAGUGAAUUUCCUCGGUUCACCAUCAAGAUCAAACCGACUUACCUCAACUUUCUGCUGGUUCCAAGCUGGUUUGCCAUGGAGCAUCUCCCGAGAAAGUCAACGAGGAUAGUGAUUCGUGACUCGACAGGGAAGACAUGGGAGAUGACAUGCCUUUACAGACAGGGACGGAUGACAUUGUCUGCAGGAUGGGUUGGCUUUGCGAGGGAGAUCGGGUUGAAGGAAGGAGAUUGGUGCACCCUUGAGCUCUUCAAUGACAACGAGAUGCAUAUCCAAGUCUCUAAGGGGAGGCCAACGUGAUGAAGUUGAUGACUUAAGGAUGUUUCUAUGACUCCGGAUACUUUUAUCAGACAGUCUUAAGAUGUUAUGAAGACUUUGUGUUUGGUGGAUGGUUUGGUUUUCUGAUGUUUUAAGACUUUGUAGUGUUUGACAGGUAGUUAGUUAUGUCUUGGACUGCUGAUCUGUUUUCUCUUUUACAUUCUCUGGCUUCAGUUCUGUUUCUAAGAACUAAACUUGGGGGACACAACAAAGAGUAGAUUACAGAAACAAUUGUUACAACUAUCAAUCUUCUGAAUUUGAUGCAGCCAAAACAGAGGGAUAGGCAGUGGUACAACUUGAAUGAGAUUAAAGAACACAAACUAGAAACAAAAUCCUGAAAUCAGAUUUGUCAUAAACAAUUAUCAAUCUUCUUCUCUAGGUAACUUGGUGAUUUUUGGAGAAGAAGGGCUUAACCCUCAUCAGAAGCCGACAAUUCCGAAGGUAGGAGAGGAUCAAGGCUUGCACAUGAACUGUGAUAGAUGAGAUAGGAUGAUGAACCUGCAAAUGUUCCUUACUCAGUUUCAGCCACCGAGACCUUCACUAGGUGACUAUCAGUUCCUUCGAUAUGACUCGAGGUACAAUCCCCUCAGCUGAAAGGGGCCAUUUUGAAGAAAACCCAAAACGUAUCAUAUGUAGAUUGGUGUUUAAUGACCAAAGUCAUGGCAGAACAAUGCCUCCAGGGCCAUAUUUUCUCUAUCCAGAAGUUCCAACAAGUUCAAGAAGUAGAUAAUCAAGCGUCAGCCUUUGCGGUGCCGAAAUGAGGUGGUACCUUUAGGAGAGAUGCCUUUACUGACCAUUUUUCUCGGAAGCUCCUCUGCAAGGUCUCCAUCCUGGUUUUUGAAACAAGCCUGUAUCAUUUUAUAGGUCAUAACUCAUAAGAGAAGGACUCAACCCAAUACUCGUAACAUCUCAUGGAACUCUGAAACCAUUCCUCCCUGACUGUGUUUCUUCACAAUAAGCAGUGUUAAGUAUCAUCAUGUGUAUAUGCUGAAUUCCAUAGGUCACCAUUUCAUCAUGCAAUGCAAAAGCUUUUCUAACAUUCCCACACCUGCAGUGUCCAUUUCAGUGUAUGGGAAUUGACAGAGUUCCCUUGUGUUACAUUCCAUUCAUCAUCAAGUCUGGCUUUUCCUUUCUUGUUCUAUGUUUCUUAAUCGAUUGAUCAAAACAUUACAAGUCCAAACACUUGAUUUAGUUGCCUCCUUUGCCAGCUCAACCCCAUUAGUAAUCUCCAUGAUCAAAUCCCCUUUGUUCAAAACCUGGAUUUUCCUGCUCUUUUCCCUGUGCUUUUGUUGUUUCUUGUUGGUUUUGUACAAAGAAUGGGGUCAAUGA